CAAUGGGCCGUGUAAUUGUCUCCCUAAAAAACAAGCCUUGCUAGAUUAGGCCAGCCGGGUUAUGAAUUUCCCACCAGAAGACAUCAAGCAGCUUGUGGCAGAGAUUGCCGAGAUCCUCAUCAGGAAGAAUCAGACAGUGUCAGUCAGCGAAGGAGCAUGCGGCGGAUUACUUAGCGCAUAUCUCAUAUCGUUGCCAGGAGCAUCUAGCUUCUUUGAUGGCGGACGGUCCAUCUACAGCUUGAAGUCAAGAUUACGUUUAUCAGGGUGGAAUAACCAGCAGAUUAACAGUUACACCGGUCCAUGUGAAAAUGUUGCUUUGAAGAUGGCCAGAAACCUCCGUGUAGAGUUUGGAUCCACUUAUGUUUUGUCAGAGACAGGAUAUGCAGGACCCUCGACCAAUGUAGGAUUGGGUCAUGACAAUGGCAGCAUCAAUGACGCCGACGCAAAGGUCGGAACGGUCUAUCUUGGAAUUUGCGGUCCCAAUGGGGGGCACUCCUGCGAGAUGUGCACCGAAUCAAACGAUAGGUCCACCAAUAUGCAGUUGUUUGCCAAGUACAGCUUACAAUUCUUUUUACGGAUUUUAAAGCAAGAGCAGGAAAAGAUUGAAUGAAGGCUGUCGUGGCAAACAAUCCUACUGUUUCGCAGUACGCAACUGGGGCAGUGAAAGUUAGUGUGCCGGUGCUUUACCAGGCACUCUUCAAGCUAAAAGGUCAACCAAAGCACGUCGUCAAGUCCUGUAUAUAUCCCUAGUCUAGUCUAAUUCUGGCUAUUACUUAUACUUUCUUGCAAAUAUCGUUUUGAUUACCUAAUCGAUAAAUACUCAAGGAAAUCUCAAAAGGUCUUUGUUGCAAAGUAAAUAGCUCUACUUAAAAAAUUACACAAAUCAUAUUUAUUAUGCGG